AUGUCAGGAAACGAAGAAUUUAUUAGAACCCAAAUCUUUGGGACUGUCUUUGAAAUCACAAACAGAUAUACUGACCUAAAUCCUGUCGGUAUGGGUGCCUUUGGUUUAGUCUGUUCUGCUAAUGAUACUUUAACAAAUCAGCCAGUGGCAAUCAAGAAAAUCAUGAAACCAUUUUCUACUGCAGUCUUGGCCAAGAGAACUUAUAGAGAAUUAAAACUGAUGAAACAUUUGACGCAUGAGAAUUUGAUUUGUUUACAAGACAUCUUUUUGUCUCCUUUGGAAGAUAUUUAUUUUGUCACAGAGUUACAAGGUACCGAUUUGCACCGUCUGCUACAAACUAGACCUUUAGAAAAGCAAUUUGUGCAGUACUUCUUGUACCAGAUCCUGAGGGGUUUAAAAUACGUCCAUUCAGCAGGUGUCAUCCAUAGAGAUUUAAAACCAAGCAAUAUUCUAAUUAAUGAAAAUUGUGAUUUAAAAAUCUGUGAUUUCGGUCUAGCUAGAAUUCAAGAUCCACAGAUGACUGGGUACGUUUCAACAAGAUACUACAGAGCCCCGGAAAUCAUGUUGACUUGGCAGAAGUAUGAUACCGAGGUGGAUAUUUGGUCUGCUGGGUGUAUCUUUGUGGAAAUGAUUGAAGGUAAACCUUUAUUUCCAGGUAAAGAUCAUGUUCAUCAAUUCUCUAUUAUAACUGAUUUAUUAGGUUCCCCACCACCAGAUGUCAUCAAUACUAUUUGCUCUGAAAACACUUUGAAAUUUGUCACUUCCUUGCCACAUAGAAAUCCUGUUCCUUUCAAUGAAAGGUUUAAUACUUUAGAAAAUGACGCUAUAGAUCUCUUAGAAAAAAUGUUGAUAUUCGAUCCUAAAAAGAGAAUUACUGCCUCUGAUGCCUUGGCUCAUCCUUAUUUAGCUCCUUAUCACGAUCCUAGUGACGAACCAGUUGCUGAACAUAAAUUCGAUUGGCAUUUCAAUGAUGCUGAUUUACCUGUCGAUACUUGGCGUGUAAUGAUGUAUUCAGAAAUUCUAGAUUUCCAUAAGAUUGGUGGUGAAAAUGGUCAAAUCGACACAACUGCUACAUUCGAUGACCAAGUGGCCGCUGCUACUGCGGCGGCCGCCGCCGCUACCGCCGCAGCUCAAGCUCAAGCUCAUUCACAACAACAUUUACAACAACAACAACAACAAUUGCAACAACAGAAACAACAACAAUUGCAACAUCAACAAUUGCAACAGCAACAGCAGCAACAACAACAACAGUUGCAACAUCAACAGCAACAUAACAAUGCACUAAAUAGCAUAGAAGACCCAAAUAUGCAAAUGCAUCAAGGCUCUCAGACUAAUAAUGAUCUUCAGAAACAAAAUAAUAUAUCAAAUAAUACAUCCAAUCAAGAUCAGAUAUUAAGUUAUGGUGACCAAGCUAUUCAAUAUGCAAAUGAAUUCCAACAGAACUAA